GCACGGUUACCAUAGAUACCUCAGUCGUCUCUCAGCGAUACCAUGCCCCCGUACGACGAUGAGGAGAGGGAUCAUCGCGUUACAGCCUCGGACGACGACAAUGAUGUGGGGGAACAAAUUCGUGUGUCGUUGACGCUGGCGGUGGAAUGCACAGACCGCUCCCUCGAAGUACCAUCCGAAGUCAUUGCCGUUCCCGCCACAAUCGGUCGGCAAGGUCUAUCGGCUGUGAUCAAUCAUUUAUUGGAUCGAAGGAUUGCCAACGAAGAUGGUACAGAUAUGGAAGACGAUGAAGAAGCAGAUGAUCGUUUGCCGGCUCUCAAAUUUGAUUUCAUUCUGGGAAGGAAUAACAAAUUGUUGCGAACUGGUGUCGAGAAGGAAGCCAGACGGAGUGGCAUUAGUUUGGAAGAAGCAAUUUUAGUGACAUAUUUCCCGGCUCAAGAAGCUCCCGACUUUUCUGGUGAGAGUGAACCUCUCCCAGAUUGGAUUUCUGCCAUGACCUUGGUGCAAUCGACGAGCAACCUUAAACUCUGCACUGCCACAUACGACGGCUCCAUACAAGUUUUCGAACCUAAUUUGGAGGGAGGUAAAGAAAAUUUGCGCCUAACAUCCGUCGGCAGUAAAAGCCGAGCUCACGUUGGUCCCAUAAAGUCAUUGGAUGCGGCUAUGAGCCAGGACGAGACCUUGUGGGUUGCAACUGGUUCGAUGGAUCAAUCACUUGCUAUACACUGUAUGAAGGUUGGAACAUCGAAACUACAACUCUUUGCACUUUGCAAGGAAGGCCAUGCAGCGGCUGUUGGCAGUGUCGAUCUCGCAGUCCGUGACAAAGUUCUGGCCAGUGGUGAUUGGGAUGGCGGCGUCAGUUUGUGGGACUUCUCAAACUCGGUGGAUCCUAUAGAGCACGCGCAGCCACUUAAAAAAUCCAAAACUGGCUCGACAACAUCAUCUAAGAAGGAAGAAUUGUCCGCAAAAUUGCUGUCGCCAAAGAUAAGUAUUCAAGCACACUCUUCCAAAGUGAGUGGGUUGUCAUGGGGCAACUUUGAAAAGACCCAGAAUUCCAGCUUGGACCGUCUUAUUACGGGAAGCUGGGAUCACAGCCUAAAAGUUUGGGAUAUGGAGCGACAAGACUGUCUUUUGACGCUAAAUGGGUCACGGGUCGUCAGCUGCUUGGAUACAUCGUACCAUUCCUCUGGGAUCGUCGCCACCGGACACCCUGAUUGCACCGUACGACUGUGGGAUGUCCGUAUCGACGCCACCAACGAAUCCAGCCUUGCUCUCUCCGACAAUACUUUCAAGCCUAGUCAUAGAGAAUGGAUUUCGUCCGUACGUUGGUCGCGAAGAAAUGCAUACACACUCGCUUCGACAAGCCACGAUGGAACUGUGAAAGUCUGGGAUAUUCGAUCGUCUAUACCGCUGCAUACGGUCCAAGCUUUUGACAAGAACCACAAGAGCUUGUGCAUCGCCUUUGGAAGCCUCAAGGAUACCAACGACUUCAUUUUUGCGGGGGGAACAGAUUGCGUUGUGAAGGAGUAUUGCAAUGGAUAG